AUCUGUUCUUCCGAUACGAUUGACCGGUCGAAAGAUGGAGAGGCAUGUCAACCUGUUGCACAUGCAGGAUCCACGAGACAGCAGCAUCAACCACUUCGCGUGGAUAAAAAAUCUGUCCCGCCUCGUGAGCUCUCAACUCAGCAAGAAGAAGAACAAGAAAUUCUUCUUGUUGCGACCGCUGAACGAGUGUGCGGUAGAGCUGCCGAAAGAAGACGCGAAAUGGUUAACGUUCAGCAAACACGGUAACAAGGAACGUGUACCGUUCGUCGUGUACGCCGACCUGGAGUGCGUUCUAGAGAAGAUGGACCCGAAUCUGCCGGAAUCUCAACACCACAAGGUACACAGUAUCGGAUACUACGUGCACUGCUCGUACGACGACGCGCUAUCGAUGUAUCGGUGUCGUCGCGAUAAGGAUUGCGUCGCGUGGUUCGUCGAGGAACUCAAAGAAUUGGCGCACAAAGUAAAGUCCGCUCUGUCCGUUAACGUUCCGAUGAGAAAGACACCGCGUAAGACUAAGGAAGUUAGCAGCAAUGAUCGCGAAAGCGAAAGCGAAACGGUAACCAAUGUAGAUUCUCCGAGCAUAGACAACGCGAUUGCAAUAACGUCAGAGAAAAACGGGAUGACGCCGAGUAUUUCGAGUUAUACGCCAUUCUCACGUAGAGUAGCGAUCGAAGAAAAGCAAGACGCGAACCCUGAUACAAGCAUGACCGAAAACCGUGAGGAGACGCGAACAACGAGCGCGAGCGAGCUAGAUGCCGCAAUACUAAAUGCCUUGUUCGAAAAAAUUAAUGCUUUAGAAGCAAGAAUCGAGAAUAGUGUGAGCGUAGUACAGGAAAAAACAAAUACGGAACCAAAGUCGGUGGUAGGUAAUAUUGCCACAAAACAACGACAAGCUGACGAUGCCGUAGUUCUUGCGAAACGCGACACAGUACCGGAAAAUGAGUGGACGAUAAGAAUGCCUAGAGGAGGCUGGUUACAAAAUCCGUUUCAAGAUAUCACGUAUUCAGGUAAGCGUGAUAUCCAAAAUCCCAUUCGAUUCCUUCACAAAUUCGAGAAAACCGCGACGUAUGAACGAGUUUCAGACGCGGAUAAGCUUCACUUCUUUGCAAAAGCGAUGCGAGGAGCCGCUAGUCUUUGGUUUGAGUUAAAUCAACCGGAUACAUUCGAAGAAGCCGUAAAAUCGUUUAAAGAGAAUUUUUGGUCUGACAAGGAUCAGAACAAAUUUCGCGAGGAAUUAUAUACCACGAGAUACGCUUACAAAGCGGACAAUAAAGAAAACAUGUCCAUGGCGGACUAUGCACUGUCGUUAGCACGUCAAGCUAAAACGCUUGACCCACCGAUGUUAGAGUCGGAAAUAAUUAGAGAGUAA